UCAAAAUUUUACACUGCGCUCACAAGCACUAUCAAAACUUGAACUUUCUGCUUGACUUAACGACCAAAAAUGUCUCCAAGUAGAGUUUUGAACUGUACCGAUCUCUCAUGGUAAGGGAUUUGAUGCCGAUGCCAUUGAUCGAGCGAUGAAAAGGAGACGAAAUGAUCUCUAUCUUGAUGACUUGGGUUACCCAUCGUCUCUAUCAAUCUGUCCCGUUUGCGGUGCUUCAGUGUCGAAAGAAAACAUAGACCUACACGUACAGCAGCACUUUAGCCAUCCUCAGCCUUCAACGUCUACAGCAACCAGUCAUUGUGAUUUAGAGGUUCCUGGAUUUUCUGAUGCUGGAGACUUCAAGAUCUGUACUUUUGGUCACUGUCAGCAGAUCGUCUCAAGCACAGAGUGGGAUGAUCACCUCUUUGCACACAGCCUUGAGGAACAAGCUAACAUUCUAAACACAACAGCAACAGUGACCUCUACAACAACACACCUUGACGACAGCCUAUUGUCCCAGUUAGAUCACAGUCUACAUGGAAUCCAUAGCAACAGUCUCCAUAGUGAUGUAUCAACACAUACAUCACUAUUGACGUCAACAGAUCAGGGACUUUCACAAGAGCUAGAACAACAAGAGAUGGAGCGGCUUGAAAAUCAGCCAUCACAGUGGAAUGAUCACUUGCUUGCACAAGCACUGGAGAGUGAAGAUAGAAAAGAACUAGAGGAACAAAGGGUCAAAGAAGAAGAAGAAUUUAAGAAGCUGCAGGCUAUGUAUGGGAUGAAUUCAGUAGGUGGGUAUGUCAGUCAAUACAGUCGAAACUUAGAAAGAGAUGUGAACAGAGGCAAGACUUCUGUAGGUGACUACUACGCCAGAAAAGCUGAGAUGCUAAAAAUACUGAUGACUGACACAGACAGUGGAGAGUCCUGCACCAAAGGAAUCAUUCCUCAGCUUCACCAUCGUUACAAGGCAGGUGUAAGUGGGACAAAGCAGGCGUGGUCAUCAUGUGACACUGAUCACUAUGCUAGUACCGUUGGCGAUGCAGGAUGGGGGUGUGGCUAUAGAAACCUUCAGAUGUUGAUCUCCUCUCUCCUUAGAAUUGACAUCUACAGGCCUAUGUUGUUCACUAUUGGAGAGAGUGUACCUUCCAUCCCAAGGAUACAGCAGCUUAUUGAAGCAGGAUGGAAUACCGGUUUUGACAAGCAAGGUGCUGAACAGCUGGCAUGCAAGUUAGUUAACACAAGAAAAUGGAUUGGAGCAACAGAGAUUGCAACUGCACUAAGAUCACUAGGACUGAGGGCCAAUAUUAUUGACUUUCAUCGUGCUACAGGAUGUGAUGGUACUCAUCCWGAGAUGUUUUCCUGGAUCAAACGAUACUUCAGCAGUGGCGUCCCAGGAUAUCACAGUGGACUGACACUAGGACAUAGUAAUGGCGUCCUUAAUCACACCACUAGACCUCCACUGUAUCUUCAACAUCAAGGUCAUAGUCGUCUUGUAAUUGGCGUUGAAGAACAUUGUGGAAAAGAUGGAGGACUGUUUCUGUUGUUGUUUGAUCCCUCGCAUUCAACAAAACAAAUGCACACCUUGCUUGACGAUAUACAAUCAAGCAGCUCAGGUUURCGACAUCUUCGACGCUCACUSAAACAAAUGCGAUGUAAACAAUACCAGAUUGUAUAUGCKGAUGGAAUUAUGGAUGGAGCGGAGAUGGAGAGAAGUAAAGUACUCGCVAGUACUCGAAUUCCUUAGAGUCGUUUUGGUAUUAAAAAGGAUAGCAAGCUUUAGAUUUGGCAAUGAGUAUGAAAUUGAGUACGAGUGCGAGUUUUCAACGUUAUGUAUAUCAGCGGUAUUGACUUAUGUUCUUGUAUUUUAUUAUAAAUAGUGAAACAAUUGGGAUCACAAAUAACGCUUGUAACGCGUAUUUUGUAACUCGUACUCGAACUCAAUUUUGUACUCGUUGAAAAAUCUGAUACUUGUGAAGUAGGAAUUUACAAACAUUUGGCGUUGACGUUGGUAUACCAAUGCAACAAUCYUUACACWUACUAUUAACUGGACUGGAUGGCAAAAAUGGGACGAGUUUUUCUAUCUUUAAACCGAUAGUUACAAACUUUACUGAAAACAUGCGUUACAUCUAUUGAAUGGAACAGACGUGGUGCGUCACAUCCGGUGUGUAAAGAUACGUCAUAUCCGGUAAAAUGAYGCGUCAUAUCCGAUGACAUGACAUAACGUGACGUAGGAUAACAUUAUGAUAAAUUGUAUGUAAAAUAUUGUAGAGAAUGUACAAAAUACCAUUGAAAAAAAUUUAUCCGCAAAUAUUCAAUGUAACAUAUGUUAAAUAUCGUUGGAAUUAAAAGUGAUGAGCUUCCA